CGCGCCGGGCUGAUGACACUUCCAGCUGCUUCCUGUAUCAGGCAGCUGGGCUCAGUCUGGUGUGUUCAUGGUGUUUGUAUCUGUUAAAUAACACAGUUUUCACUCUUCGUCCAUGACGCGACACGAACUUUCUUCUCCGGUCGUCAGUUUUUAAAAAGGGAUGAAAAGGCUCAAGAGGAAGAAACAAGACGCGGGGUUUGCGGUGAAUGGGAAUGGAUCUGCCUCGAGAGAAGCAGAUUGUGGGAGGAAGCAGAAGUUGGUUGAGAUCCAUCAGGCUUUGAUCAGUGAUCCAGUCGACAUUGAGACCCUGAGGAGAACAGCAGGCAGUAAAGGUGGACUCCUCACUGAUGAGCUCAGGAGGAAGGUUUGGCCCAAACUACUGAACAUCAAUGUCUAUGAUCUACCACACAAACCUGGUCGAGAUGUGAGGGAAAACCACAAAGACUACAACCAGGUGCUCCUGGAUGUCAGGAGAUCCAUGAAGCGGUUCCCUAAAGGAAUGCCGGCCGCAGAGAGAGCCGUGCUUCAGGAGCAGCUGAUCGACAUCAUACUGAAGGUUUUGAAACGUAACCCUCAGCUCCAUUACUACCAGGGCUACCAUGACGUGGCCGUCACUCUCCUGCUGGUUGUUGGGGAGCGAAUGGCCUUUGCCAUGUUGGACACACUCUCCAAUUAUCACCUCAGGGAUUUCAUGGAUCCUACCAUGGACAGUACUAAACACAUUCUAAACUACCUGAUGCCUAUACUGGAGCAAGUCGAUGCAGAGCUGCAUGACUUCAUGAUCAGAGCGGAGGUGGGAACCAUCUUUGCACUGUCCUGGCUCAUCACAUGGUACGGCCACGUCCUGUCCGAGUUCAAACACACACUCAGACUCUACGACUUCUUCCUGGCGUCACACCCUCUGAUGCCCAUCUACCUGGCUGCCACGAUUGUGUUGCACAGAGAGAAGGCGGUGAAGCAGACUGAGUGCGACAUGGCCAUGGUCCACCACCUCCUGUCGCGCAUCCCUCAGGACCUCCCAUACGAACUUCUGAUCCCUCGGUCGCAGGAACUUUUCAGCCAGUACCCGCCAUCAUUACUGGCCAAGCGGGCAGCACUGCAAUCUCGCAAGAGUCUGUCCAUCAGCACCUUCCAAGCGUUUCAGCUCUCGACUCUGCACCAGAGGCCAGACUCUGUUCUCCAACGCCUCACCAGGGCCCAGGGCUCCUCCACCUCCAGACAAGCCUCUCAACACUCAGGCAUGGAAGCAGCUUUACCCCGGGACCGAGGCCAGCUGUGGGGGACUGGGAACAGGAUGGUGAAGAUGGCAGUGUGGGGGCUGUCUGCCACGCUCGGGGCGGCUGUGUUCGCUGUGGCUCAGACGGCCAUGGACUGGGGACCUGAGGUGUUGCUGCAGCUGUUCUGACUGUUAGACACACACAGAGUGACACGUGGUGACAGCGGACACAUGCUGCUCUCAUGAUGGAUCAACAGCAUACAUACAUACACAGAAGACUUUAGGCUCCUCAGAGGGGACGGUAGAGAGAAGCAGGAGGAGGUCAGUUAUCUUGGUGCUGAACAGGUUGUUGCUUCUCAACCACAAUGAACAUAUGCUAACCACUAGUCAGCCUCAGGCUGUGUGUGCAUGUGUGUGAGCGGGUGUAUGCUUUAAUGUGUUUCUGUGCAUCAUGCCAGACCUUAUACCAAACGUCGGCCCGGCACACGCGAAGGCGAAGGGGCCAGAGGAGUAAGGAAGCUCCAGGAACUGACUGUUAACGUUUCUUUGUGGAAGGUCACUAAGACAACGAUAAGGAACUUUGGAGAAAAAUGCAAAAGUACCAAAACAAAUACAAAAUGACUACAAGAGACACAAAACAAAACAAAAAAAACGACCUCAAAGAUGCCAAAUGUCUACAAAAAGAAGCAAUACAACCUCAAAGAGAUGCAAAACGACUUAAAUGAUGCAAAAAUACACAAAGACAUAUAUAACGUCUACAAAGAGAUGCAACAUGAUCUUAAAGAGAUAGAAAUGAGAAUAAAGGGGUUCAAAAGAACUACAAAGAGAUACAACUUCAAAAAGACAUAAAAUGAUACCAAAAAAAAGAAAUGACCACAGACACAGAACAAAAAUCAGACAUGCUGGUGUUUCUUCGACGUAGGAAUCGGAGGAGUUCUUUUACGUGAUUGUGCCCGUGGGCCCGUUGUCUCAUAAUCCCUCCAUGCACAUGUGACACUAACGCGUCUCGCUCUUUCAGGCUGUUGCUCACAUGCCGCCACUAUUGCAACAUUUUACUCGCGUCUCUGUGUAUUUCCUGUUUGCUGAUUAUCUAUCCGAUAACUCAUUUUUAGACCAUCACUCUUGUUUUGUUGCGUUGCUGUUGAAAGUGUUUUAGCGCGCCUGUGUGAAUAGAGCUGCUAGCACAAUGACACACGACUGCAAAUAAUUAAAGAGCAGCGUUUUUCCGCCGAAAGCUUCCAGUUAUGAACAAAGAAUGAGAGAGAGAGAGGGAGAUAUGUUUUGCCUGUGAGCUUUUUAUUAAUUGCUUAACUCCAGGUGUCAUUGAGUUACAUUUACAAUAAUUUUUGACACACAAAACGAGCUGUUGCUGCCCGAAACAUGAACACCACCCACAGUUUAGCCUGCAGCGCAAAAUACAAGCAGUGGGUCUUUUGCAGAUCCAUUUUUUUCGGGAGGAAAACCAUAUAUUUAAAGUGAUUUUUAUAUUUUCCAAAGCAGUUUUCUUGUCGUCUGGCCCACCACUGCUGAAAGAAUACGGGGGGAAGACACCACUACUUUUACAUCUUUAAAAUAUUUAGUAGGUUUGCGCUAACAUCCACCCUGAACAGCCGGCAACAGAGCUACACUACAUAGACUCAGUUCUUCCUCAACAUCAUGUUUCUCUUCCAAAUUCAACUGCUUUGCUCUUAAACGAUUUACAAUUUGAGGACAGUACAAGUAAUUAUUUUAACAUAAUUUUUGUAUUAGUGGAAGAAGUUGAAUACGUGCAUCUCUUCAAAAAACACCACCCACACACUCACUGUAGAUAUUGUUGGACCAGAUGUAAUCACAGAGUUUCAUAACCUAAAAAGUGAUUAUUAAUAAUACAGGUGAGGUACAUACAUGCGUACAGAGCACUGGGGCUCCUCCGAACAGCAACGCAUGCUCUGGUUGUUGACUUAUGCUCUGAAAUAUUUAGCAGCUUUUAGUAGCAUGUAGCCGAGCUGCUGCAUUUGUUAACACAGUUUCACUGGAGUCACAACACUCAGCUUCCUGCACUUCCUCUGUUGUCAGAGAUAAAAGUGUCCGAUCUUUACACCGUCUGUCCUGUUGACUUCACUUGCUACCGAGCAUCUGUAGAGUCGGGUGUGUGCAAAAUGACAGUGGACGGAGGAGGAGCAGAUCAAGAGCAAACAAAAGGAGAAAAUGAAGACGAGGAAAUGAAUUGGAAAGACUUUUUAACGAUAUGAAUCUUGAGUGUCAUUUUAUUAGAUAGUCAAAAAUGGUUAACAGUUGUUGGUGUUUAAGUCACUAAUUCAAAUCACGGUUAUAACUCAUACUGUGAGGACCUGGUUUGAGUCACAUUACAGUGACGAAAACCAGGUCCCCAUAACGUACAUUAUUAAAAAUGUAAAGUUGAAGGUUAGGGUUGUAGUUAUGGUAAGAGCAAGUCUCAGGGUAAUGAAUGUAGGUGUGUGGUGUGUGUGUGUGUGUGUGUGUGUGUGUGUGUGUGUGUGUGUGUGUGUGUGUGUGUGUGUGUGUGUGUGUGUGUGUGUGUGUGUGUGUGUGUGUGUGUGUGUGUGUGUGUGUGUGUGUGUGUGUGUGUGUUAGCUUGACUACAAUUCUUCAUUAGCUUUCUGGGCAUAUUCUGUGUUUUUAUUUGUUCAUGGUUUUGAUUCACUCUGUGCCUCUUUAUUAUCUGUCAAAAGUCAAAAUAUUUUUUUCAAGAACAACAAUCUAAUUGGUUAUUUAUUAAAUGGGUACGUAAUUGAAUUGUAUGAAUGAAAUCUGAGGGUUUUUAACUUUAAAAGUGAAAUUAUUUUGCAUGUAAGAAUCGGACUAGACCUUAAAGGAAUAAUUGCCAAACUGUCCCUUUUUUAAAUGUUUUGCUUGUGUGCCAGUUAAUUUUGUAGAUUCAUAUUAUAAACAAAUGGCUUUGCAAAGGGAACAUGUUCAGUUCUUAUGGUGAAUGGUUGGCCUUGAUUUGUUUUAAACAAACAGCUCAUUCUGAAGUGCAGUUUGUUCUGUCACCACUUGCUGAACUUUCAAUUGUAUGCAAUUGUGCAUCUGUAAUAAUGCCUGGUUACCUGUGAGUCAUAUAACAUUGCUUUAUCGAUCUGAGGCAUUUUGCAUGUUUUCUAUUAGUCGCCUAAAUCAUAAAUGUGCAGGAAUAAAACCCUGUUGAUCAGGUUGUGUGAUCUUCAACACAGCCCUAGAUGCUACUGUGUAGUCAUAUCUGUACCAUGUGCGCACACGUACUGGGAGAGUGUGGUGGUGCCAGAUCCUAAUGAGGGUUUAAUUCCUGCCGCCGGCUCUUGGCGCGCUUAAGACACUUUCUCCUCAUCUUUUUUUUUCUUCACAUUCGCAUUCAAACACCUAUAGAACAGCACCUGCACUGGCCUCAGCCUGGCAGCUGCCUUCGAUGAAAAAUGAUUGAAGCAUGUUUCUCAGUUUGAGCGAAACCAAAAUGCAAAAGUUGCUCCAGGUGUCGAAUCCCUCUCCAAAGUAUAUAUUUAUUGAUGCAAGUUUCAAGGUCAUAAAAUCAGUGUGAGCUGUAUUUUAGGAGAAGUAAACAACAUUUUAUCUGACUAUUGCAAGAAAGUCGUAUAGGGGGUUUCUUUUUUGCAAUUUGACCAGAUCUCGUCAGUUUUGUGUUGAUUAUAAAAGAAGAGACGCCUUUUGGAGUCAUAUAAAGAGCUGACCUCUUAUAAAGAGCCCCUGAGAACCUAUGUGUUGAUCCCCUGAUGACUUUCUUUCCUCCCCUCAGGUCCAAAAUCUCCCAAAAGACUCGAUCACACCAAAUCUUUUUUUACAAAUACAAAAUGCAAAUUUCAAGCUGUUAACUGUGUGUGUAUAUAUGAUUGCUUUGGGCAUUUUCUUGCAUGUUUUGAUGAUGGUUACAAAGAGAUACACAUCGUAUGGUUGAACAUGUCGGGUUCUUUGCACCUUAAUUAUUAUUAUAUUGAAAUGUGUGUUCUACAUGUAAGUGAAUCCUCUUUCUGUUUAUGAAGUAGAACGGUGAAUAAAUGGCAAAGGAAACACUUCA